GGGGGACGAGCAAGCCCAAGCCCAAGCCCAGGCACCUGCAGGCAUCAACAUCGCCAAGCCAGUGAAGGAGAGCAGUGGGCUUAGCGCUGCUCCGUGCUCUGCUCGGCUCUGCUCUCGUCUCGCAGUCCCGGCGCGUCGGCUAUGGUGAUGCACCGCCCUCCGUCUUAUUGUCUCGGUCGCGGGCUCAUCCUCGCACUCCGACUCUCCCCCGGGAGGAAUAGCAGCGACCGCCCUGCAGCGUAAAGCUCCAGCAGAACCAGAUUCAGCGAGCUUUGGACAGGAUAAGUCUCGGUAGAUAGGCAGGACCCGAAUGCACAGAUAGCGAGCGAUCGCUCGCGAGACGACGACGAGGUUGAGGUCGAGGACGAGGCGAAGCGCAGGAAGAGACAGCAGAUGUGGAGAGGAAAAGCAGAAUGAGGGAGCGCGCAUCAGCCGCGGCGGUUCCCCAGGCGAUGAGAUGAGCGUAGUCGCAAGUGAAAGCAGGGGAGCCAAGUCGAGGCGCAAGAUUGACUCGUGUAUUGCUCCUGUCACAGGUUGCACGCAAGGCGAAUGCGAGCGGACACUAUGGGGAGUAGGCCGUGAGAUAGCUGUAGCAGGAUUAUGGAGGUUAUCACCAGGUCCAAGCAUCAGACUUUGAUGCGGCGAGCGGGAGGAGGCGGAGAAGAUCUGAUCCACAAUUUCAUUUGCCUUUACGGUGUUCUAACCCUCGGAGCCGAACAGCAGCAGCGAAUGAGGGGCUGGCAGACAGGCUUGGAUCCGUAGAAUCGGCAGCUACCGAGCUGGCUCAACGACCCAGGACGAAGAAGGAAGCGAGCGGUCGAGGAGCGCAUAGGCUACAGGAAUUCGCCGAGUUCCUGCUUCAGUCCUCCACCAAGAAGGACGAUCCCCGAGUCAGUAGGAGGAGAAUUGGGAGAUUCCGGUGCCGGAAGUGAAGGCGGUGCAUUAGGAUUGCGCACGGUGGACAUGGUCUUCGCGAGGAACAUGUGUACGAUGAAACCACUCCUGCGUUUGCUGGACGGGAGUUAGCCACCGUGUGACCGAGUAGAUUAGAUACGCUUUAGAUUACCAUUAGUCAGAUUGCAAGCCACCCCGGUCCGAGGAAAGGUGUGUGCGGACAGAUUACAUGAGCUUGCUGCACCCCAAUGCGGGAAUGAUAGAAGCGGAGGAUCAGAUUAGACUUGGGAGGAGUUUAGAGAGCAGCGAGUUGGAGUAAAUAGGUGAGGACACUCAUGACACACCGGCUAUGGUCACAGGUUGCGACGACGGAUCACAUUCUGUGUAUGAUCGAGGUGGAAUCCGCGAGCAAACGGAGUUAUGGUAGUAAAUAUGCAGGUAUUUAGGUACAGCAGCUUCUGGUGUGGAACCACUUUCUCUUAUCAUCACGGCACGCAUCCACGAGUCUUUCAUCCUACUCAUCUUGUCAACCAUAGUACAAUUUCGACGAGCUUAGCAACGAAUUGGGAUAACUUGUGACAAGUUUCACCUCUCAAAAUGGCCGCUCGCACUAUCGUCUGGUUCAGACGUGAUCUUCGAGUUGAGGAUAAUCCAGCACUCGUCGCGGCUGCGAGGGCUGGUAUCGUCAUUCCUGUUUUCAUAUGGUCUCCCGAGGAGGACGGGCAGUUUCACCCCGGUCGCGUGUCGCGGUGGUGGCUCAAGCAGAGUUUGAUUCACCUGGACGCGUCUCUCAAGAGCUUGGGUUCUCCUCUGAUCAUGAGGAAGUCCCCCGAUACACUCACAGUUCUUCUAGAUAUCGUGCAACAAGUUGGAGCUACGCAAGUGUUUUACAAUCAUUUAUACGAUCCUGUAUCCCUUGUUCGAGAUCAUCGCGUGAAGCAAGGGUUGUCUAUACACAAUAUACCGGUACACACAUUCAACGGGGAUCUACUGUACGAACCGUGGGAAGUCUACGAUGACGAGGGACAGGCAUUUACCACGUUCGACGAUUUCUGGGAUAAGUGCAUGAAUAUGCCUUUUGAGCCUGAAGCUCCUCUUCUUUCCCCGAGACGAUUAGUCGGGCUCCCACCAGGAAGAAUCAGUGCUGGAAGGAUCGACGAUCUUGGUCUUGAGAAUGAAUAUGAAAGAAGUAGUAACGCUCUGCUCGGUCGGGCAUGGGCACCUGGAUGGAGUAGUGCUAACAAAGCGUUGGAGGUGUUCAUGAAAGGUCCCCUCCAUGAUUACGCGACACACAGAAUAAAAGCUGACAAUGCCAACACUUCUCAGCUGUCUCCGCACUUGCAUUUUGGGGAAGUGAGUGUGCGAAAGAUAUUUCAUGAGGCUCGCACGAAACAAAUUCUCUGGGCAAGGGAGAAUAGUUAUGUGGGCGAACAAAGUGUUGGGAUGUUUCUCAGGGCCAUCGGUUUUCGUGAAUACUCAAGGUAUUUGAGUUUCAAUUUUCCUUUCACCCAUGAAAGAUCUCUUUUAGCGAACCUGAAGUCUUUUCCAUGGAGAAUAGACGAAAAUUCUUUCAAAUCUUGGAGGCAAGGCCGCACUGGAUACCCUCUAGUAGACGCUGGCAUGCGUGAGCUCUGGGCCACCGGUUGGCUGCACAACAGGAUCCGCGUUGUCGUUUCCAGUUUCUGUGUCAAGUUUUUACAGCUUCCUUGGAGGUGGGGAAUGAAGUACUUUUGGGACACUCUAUUGGACGCCGAUCUCGAAUGCGACGUUCUCGGCUGGCAGUACAUAUCGGGCAGUUUGCCAGAUGGACACGAGCUGGACCGAAUGGAGAAUCCUCAGAUCGAAGGGUACAAGUUCGAUCCAGAAGGGGAAUAUGUCCGACGUUGGUUACCUGAGCUCUCCAGGCUUCCGACAGAGUGGAUUCAUCAUCCUUGGGACGCACCUGCAAACGUUCUGCGUGCCGCUGGAGUCGAGCUAGGAUCUAAUUACCCGCGGCCUAUUGUAGAUAUAUCUUCAGCUCGAGACCAGUUACAGCAGUCACUGGCAGAAAUGUGGGAACGCGAGGCAGCUUCCAAAGCCGCAUUAGCAAACGGGUCGGAAGAAGGAUUGGGUGAAACUGUGGAAACUCCGGGGUCGUGUGGGCCCGGUGUGAAAAUGGAUGUACAUAGGGUGGUUAUCAGAAGUAGUAGAGCGGCUUGCUCAACAGCGAGCUCACGAAGGGAUCAGCUGGUCCCAUGCAUGCCAACGGAAGAUCAUAAGUUGGCCGCUGCCUCAAUCAUGAACUGGAACCAGUCACCGGUAGACGAAGAGGAUGAGCCUGUACAGCCAGCUUUUGUACCUUCUCAGACCGGUGGACUCCUAGAUCGCCCGUCUGAAGUGCGGGCAGAGGUCAUCGCGCAUCCACCGUCCGACAGUUCCAUGGCCGAAGCAGUACAUGUAGAUAACGAACUAAAUUCCACCGCGGAGUCUUCAGCAGCUGUCGGAAGGCGAUCGGAAGAGAGCAGGGGUGAAGUGCCAGUGUGGCCACACUCGUCCUCUUCUCGACCCCAAAGACCGCACCUGGAGGGGUUGGUUCCCGUCGUUCCAGAAGUGCGUCGUGCCACCUUGAACAGAAGACAUUUGCACUCCAUGCAAAUGGUGAACCUGGAGGCCAGGACUUCACACAAGACAAGUUCACUGUCGGCUUAGAUUGGUCAAGGUGGAGCUCGAAAGUGGGUGAAUCUCUGCAGCAACUACAUGACAGUACGACUUGUUUGCUUUUGGGGGUGCUCACUUGCACGAUUGUCACCUGCUUAUGGGGCCCCCUGUUGUUGUGCUUGAGUUAGCAGGCAGAUGACGUGGAUCUCCCAGCCGCGAAGCGCUUUAAGAUCAAAUCAUCCAAGCGUGAACCCAGAAUACAUCGAUGACAUUUUCUGGGAAAAGCCAGAGGAGAGGAUCCUUCUGUGUUCCUCUUUUCUGGUACUCGUCUUCUGUUCGCGCCGACUCCAAAGGUCACUACACCUCAGGACCCUAGACGAAGCUAAUUUGGCGAUUGAGGGUGGUGUUUAGAUCCGGACGGUCUGGACAUCAGCACUCCAAGAGAUCCCGGAAGUCAUCAGCCAGCCAGCCGCAGCUUGUCUUAUCUAUCCGUCACUGAGGACGGAAGACCUCAUAUGAGCCCUCGCUCCUUUGACAGCAGUCAUCUCUGUAGGUGCCGUGGCCGUGAGGAUCCUCAGCUUUCAUUCAACUCAGGGCAGCUGGUCCGAGCGAGCGAAAGAUUGCAGAAGUGCCUUACAGGAAGAGCGAGCCUGCCUCUACUUCUGAAUCGGAGGUUGUAAAAGGCAGAGGAAGGAAGAGCCUCCACUUCUGACUCGGAGGUUGUAAAAUGACAUGCUGUCAUUAGUUCUCUGUUGAGUAUGUAGAUAGUGGUUUUAAUGCGGCUUAUCAAGCUACAGAGAGGUACUAUCAAAAGCGGGUCUUGCUUUGGUGAGGCUGUUGCAUUGAGUUGAGUUGCAGGCCGGGUGUGAGGGCACAGUUGUGUGCGUGCUUGAUCCAUGGACUGGAAUUUGAAGUAGGAAUUAAUGAUUAUAUACAUAUGACUGUUGCGUCAUGUCAACGAGAAGUCAAACAUUUUUGAAGUUUAUAAUAAUAAAUUGGCGUGUGAAGUUUCGUAAU